CUUGCAAUUAAUAAUAAACUAGAACCAAAGUCCUGGAACUGAGUGUCCUGUGCUAACUUCCGGCCGGACAGCGUUCUGUGCGCGCGCAAGCUGAGUCGAGUGAAGUGAAGCCCAUCUGAAGACUUAUCAAGACCGUUUAAUAGUUCACAUAUCUUCGACUGAACCGAUGGCAACCGACUCGUGGGCUCUAGCUGUGGACGAACAAGAGUCUACAACCAAGACUAUUGGGAACUUGCGGAUUAUGGAAGCGGGAGAUGCAAAUUUACGUCAGACUGAUGAUGAUGUCGACAAAUCCGACGAAGAGGAAAAAGAGGACAGAGCCACACAGUCUCUCCUAAACAAGCUGAUCAGAAGCAAUGUGGUCAACAACACAAACCAAGUGGAGGUUCUUCAGAGGGACCCAAACUCACCACUUUAUUCAGUCAAGACCUUCGAAGAGCUGAGACUGAAACCACAGUUGCUCAAAGGCGUCUAUGAAAUGGGCUUCAACAGGCCUUCUAAAAUCCAAGAGAAUGCCCUUCCCAUGAUGCUCGCCGAACCACCUCAGAAUCUGAUCGCUCAGUCUCAGUCUGGCACUGGUAAAACAGCUGCCUUCGUGCUGGCCAUGCUCAGUCAUGUGGACCCAAGCUUAAAAUGGCCUCAGGUGAGUUUGAAAACUGAGCAGGGGCGGACUUACCCAUUAGGCAAAGGCUUCUGUGUUUUCAAGGUGUAA